AUGGCCGUGGCAACGACCCUCUCAUCCCUGCUGAAUCCAGCUCCCAAUCCCUUGGGUAUCGCACCCACCUUCCUGGUCCUCGGAAUAGCAUUUCACCAAUGCAUCCGCACCACGGAAAUUGACAAUCGAAUCAAGUCGCUCCUAGCCUUAUACUCCGUCGUCUGGCUCGUCCUAUGCGCCAGCUACAUCUAUAUCUACUCCGUGGGAGUCCUGUACGCGAUUGGAUCUGCACUAUUCGCAGCAUGCAGCUUCAAUAUUGGCCUCACGAUCAGUAUCCUGGUCUACCGGGCUUUCUUCCAUCGCCUGGGACAUUUUCCGGGGCCUUGGGAUGCUAAAUUGAGUCGGUUAGCUCUGGUGAAACGGGCAAUUAAUCGGACUCAGUACCAUCUGGAUCUGCAGGAAAUGCAUCAGAAGUAUGGCGACUUUGUCCGCACCGGACCGCGUGAGAUCUCGAUCAAUCGGCCAUCCGCUGUUAUGGCAAUUAACGGGCCCCAAUCGUCUUGUUUGAAAGCUCCUUGGUAUAGCCAUGUCUCCGACGAUGUCACUCAGAUAUCUUUGAAUUCUACUCGUGAUCCACAGGUGCACCGUCGCAGGCGGAAGGCUUGGGAUCGUGGUAUGAAGGCACUGCCAUCAUAUGAACCAAGAGUCCAGCACAAAGUCAACGCCCUAGCAACGCAGAUCCGCUCACGGCUGAACAAACCCCUCGACAUUUCGCAAUGGACGAUGUACCUCGCAUUCGACGUGAUGGGACUAGUUGGAUUUUCCGAAGAUUUCCGCCAACUAGAAGACGGCACCGAACAGGCCGCUAUCAAAGAACUGCAUCAGCAAAUGCUAUUCCUGGGCAUUUUGAAAUCCGCGCCUUGGAUUCUGACUAUCCUCGGUUUUAUCCAGGGUUUAGUUGGUGAAUACGGUCAAUUCAUGACUUACUGCGCGGACAGAGUCGGGGAAAAGAAAGAGGUAAGCCUGAAUCCAGCAAAGUAA